AUGGAAUCUGAGUAUGUCGCAGCGAUGCAGGCCACGAAGGAGGCUCUCUGGCUCCGCUCCUUGGUCUCGGAGCUUUUCGCCAUCGACCUCGACACGACCACUUUAUUUUCGGACAACCAAUUGGCCAUCGCGCUCACAAAAGACCAUCAGUAUCACACCCGCACUAAACACAUCGACAUUCGGUUUCAUUUCAUUUGCUGGAUCGUCGAAAAGGGGUCCAUUCGACUCGUCUACUGUCCUACUGGCGAAAUGGUUGCGGAUACUCUCACCAAGGCCCUCCCUUCUGCAAAGGUGAAGCAUUUCGCUUCGGAGCUCGGACUCGUGCUCAUUUGA